GCCCCCCAAGACUAUACUGCACGAGGAAGGAGCUGCUGAUGAUGUUGCUGCAGCACGGUGUCUGUGGGCAGAGGAGGCAAACAGACGUUCUCAGCUGGGAACAGAACAGCUCAUGAAGUCUUCCUUAGAUGCAGAGAGGAGAAAGCUGCUCGGUGCCCCAGCGGUCCAGGAGGUGCAGCCCGAGGACGUCUUGCAGGAGUCUGAAGAUGAAUAUUUUGAAAGGCUUCGUGACUUGAACCUUGGUUCCUCGGACAGAAAUCCAGCGCAGAUGGACACAGCCGGUCAGAACAAGCCAAAAAAUGUUUGCUUAAAUGACGUGUCCUCCUCAAGUUCUUUCGCUCACUUCUCUCCAUAUCGGGGAAGAGGGGAUUUGGAAGGCAAGGAGCGGGCGCUCAUGUUGGAGGUACAGGGGCUGAGGCAGAGGCUGGCGUCACAGGCCCGGAAAUUACACCCAGCGUCACAUUUGCCGGACACACAAUGGACCUAGUGGCUGUCUCAUUACAGAGGGUGUAUGCUGUAGUUGUGUCAUUACUCUU